GAUUUUUGUUAUUCAUUUACAACUUUCUCUAGUUGAUUAGAGAGUAGUUAGAUACCUGGGAUUAAAGUUUUAAGCCUAUUAAUAAAUGUUGUAUAUUAGUACUAUUACAAUGUCUAAUCUUGGAUAUUGGUCAGGUAAAUUAUGCAUGCUUCUAUAAGAAUUGUUUUCAACCUUUCAUUUACAGUAGUUUCUUGUUCUAUUUAUUGGGUUUCUAUAGGUCCAUAUUCGGUUGGGCUUUGUUUCCAAAUAAUUAUUGGAUAACUCGAGUAGUCCACUUAAAGAAUUUGAAAAUUUUAUGUACAAAACAAGUGACGUUUAUAUAUCAUGACUUUUCCACUCUCUGCAAAAUGUCCGUUCUUAUUCAGAAAUGAGGUUACAUAGCACAUGCUUUACGACUAUGACGACUUGUAGUCAGGGCCAUUUUGGUAAUGUUGUAUCACUCUUUAUACACAAACUCACGCUAACACAUUUUCUCUUUGUUGUAUGCACUUGUCCAAAAGGAAAGCUUAAAGAUUCCAAACUAACCAAGACGCAAAAACAAGAGAGUGAAGAAGAAGAAAGAAGAUGGUUUUUACUCCCUACCCAGAUUUCCUCAUUAUCUUCAACUCCAAAGAUGUUUCUCUUUCUCAACGUUUGGUACUCCCAAGUGAUUACAGACAGUACUACCCAACGCCUCUCCCUCAGACAGCGGUUCUCAGGAAGCCAGAAGGAAACUUCUGGACCGUCAAAUGGGCAAUAAGUCAAGAGGAGGAGAUUAGCUUCGGAGAUGGCUGGUCUAAGUUUAUCGCAGAGAAUGAUCCCAUCGACGGAGACUUUCUGCAAUUCUCUUACGAUGGUUCCCGAAGCUUCUUGGUUAGCAUUUUCAGGAAUGGGCUCCCUGUGAAGCCAACAGCUCCUGUCACAAUACAAGACAUUUCAGAUGAUGAUGAGGAUAAAACAGCUGGUGAUGGUGAUGAGAAGAAAGAAGAAGAAGAUUAUGAUCAGAACAUGAUCAUUUCUCUUUCUUUGGGAAGUAGCGACGAAGACUACGAUGCUGAUAAAACGGUCAGUGAAGUUAACAAAGCUGAUGGAACUUUAAAGAGAGGAAGUUCUUCGCAAAGGAUACGUGCUCAAUCCAUUGGUGAUCCGGAAAUGUAUCUUGAUGAUCCCAAGAACCCUUGCUUUAUUGCAACGUCGUCGUCGUGUAGGCGUAUGUUGGUGAUUGCUAUGCAAGUAAUAAAAGACUAUGACUUGAAGUUUGAUGGCACGAUCAAGUUCAUCGAUGGUUUUGGUGAAUUAGAGGGAAAGAUUGGAAACUGGAAAGAUCGUGUUGUCGUUUACUCGUGGCAAGAAAUCUAUAACAGAAACCAUGCAAAGCCCGGAGAUGUGAUCAUAUGUGAGAUUCUACGUGAAGGAGGUGUUGUUCGAUCCAUCAAGGCUCACUUCGUUAAGAAAUGAUGUUUUAUUUAUGCGUCUCAAGACUUCAAAGAAUUGGUGUUUAUGUAAUGUUAACAUUCAUCGUCUCUUUUAGGCUGUUGUGUUAUCCUUUGUUCUCUCAGGAUCUUGUUGAAAGUUGGUGUUUGCUUUUUUUUUGAACGUUUUGUUAACUUGGUGUUUGCUUUUGGAUUUAAGUUUUAAAUGUUUGGUGUCGCAUGUGUUAUUAGAAAUGCUGGAGUGUGCCUCAA